CUCUCUCGGCACCCCUAAAGCUCACACACAACAGUCAGCACUUCUUGGUCUGUAUAGGAAAAAGUAUAAUCAAAGGUGUUCACUUUCCUCAAAGACUAUGACUGAAACAUAUAUACCCAUCUAGGAAAGCAAUCAAAAAGCAGCAAUCGAAAGCUACAAUCGAUGGAAAUUGAAUCAAUCAAGUGUGCAUGCUGCGGGUUGAAAGAAGACUGCACUGAGGAUUAUAUUAACCAGGUGAAGGACAAUUUUGGAGGCAAAUGGCUAUGCGGGUUGUGUUCUGAAGCAGUUAGAGAUGAAGUUGGCAGAGGGAAUAAGCCAUUUGAGAUGGACGAUGCCCUCAAGGCUCACAUGUCGUUUUGUCGAAAGUACAAAUCUAACCCCGCCAUUCGAGUAGCCGAUGGGAUGAGGCAGAUGCUCAGGAGAAGAUCAGGAGAAACAUCUUCAUCCUCUUCUUCUUCUUCUUCCAAGAAGUACACAAGAUCAUCCAGCUCUUCCCAAGUUGGUGAUGACUCUUCUUUUUCAUAUUACUAGAUCCAAACAAAUCCUCACCUUCGGCGAAAACAUAAAACACUCCUCCCUAGUCCCCACCACCCUUUCUAAUAACCUAUGUUCUCUUCCUUUGUAAAAAUAUGGGUUAACAUUUCAGACUCAGUGGAGGCUAAUUCCAUUCCUGUUCA